AUCAUGGUUCUCGAAUAAAGGUGCUCUAAUCAAGGUUAAUGUAUUUUAUUUUGGAACCACAUAUCGUAUGGAAAGUUACACUUCCUGUCUCGUAAUGCUUUGAAGGUCCAAACCGGAAAUUGUUGGCUCCACUCACGCUAGCUUGACCUCCCCCCCGUGCCUCCCGCGGGUCUGAACUGAACCGAACUGAUGCCGCUGCUCGUUUAGCGGAAUUCACGCGACCGAGUCCUUAACUCCUUCCGGGAAGAAAGUUCCGUCUGCUCCGCACCCGUCGCCAUGGUGACCAAGAAAGUCCGGACGGAGUACAUGAAGAAGUUCCGGGAGCCCAAGUGGGAGACCUUCUCCAAAUGCUACGAGGACUCUCUCAAGUAUCGCCUGACCCGGCGGGUCAUGGAGCACUCUCACAAGCCCUGGUUCUGGGAGGGCUGGGGGGGCGGCUCCGUGCGGUCCAGCGGCAAGUCCACGCCCGGGACUGCCGCUGGACCGCGGCUUGGACGCAACCGGGUGGCCCCGCCGGUAUGGGAAAACGCCACCGGGGGGGGGGCGGCCCCCCCGAACGCAAGCGUGGCGUCCCACGAGCCGGACGCCGACGACGGGCCGGACGCCGACGGGGAUCCCGUUGAGUCGGCGGCCUCUCCUCUGCGCCACCGGGACGGUCGCCCUGGCAACGGGUCACCCACCGACCGCAAACCGCCGCCGGGGGGCGCCGGCGACGAAGCCGCGGCGCCCAACGAUCAACAUCGCCGCCGCGCUCGCUCGGCUGACCCGGACGAGCUGCGACGCCGCCGGUUGACGGCCUCCGCCGCCGCCGCCGCCGACGACGAGCGCUGGGUGACGGAGUACAUGCGCUGCUUCUCCGCGCGGGUGGACGCCAGGCCGCGCCUCUAAAAACAAACAAACAAA